CGACAUUGGGGCCUCGCGACAUGAGGGCCCUUGCGAUAGGAGACCCCUGCGACACCGGGCCCUCCGUGACACCGGGCCCUCCAUGACACCGAGCCACCCGUGACACCGGGCCCUCCCCGACACCGGGCCCUCCCCGACACGGGUGGCCGGUCCCUCCCGCUGCCCGAAUGGCCGCGCUGCACCAGCAGAGGUUUAAUCCCUUUUGUCCCCUCUGGCGGGGCCUCAUUGCGUGGAAUGUGUGCUCUGGUGUCAGGGAAUGGGAUGUAAAUCCCUCAGGUUAAUACGUGUUCUGUAUUUUCCAUCCCUCCGGAGCUGCAGCAGCGUGUCCCGGAGCUGUUGCAGGGAAUGUGUCGGUCGUUCGGUAUCCAUGAAGGUGAUGGAAGCCUGAGUGGAGAUCACAGAAUUGUAAAAUAUCCAGAGCUGGAAGGGACCGUCCAGUCCAACUCCUGGCCCUGCACAGGACAAGCCCGAAAUCCUACCCUGUGCCUGAGUGCGUUCUCCAAAUGCUCCUUGAGCUGUCAGGCUCCGUGCCCUGACCACUGCCCUGGGGAGCCAUAAAUUUGCAUGCAUUCCCUCCCUGCUUAGUCAGGAAAACCCAGCUGUGUUGAAAUCCCGUUCCUCGCAGGAAGCAAAACGCCUGCGGUGCAAGUGAAAGCAAAACACAGACCUGAACUUGACACAUUCCCCUCCCAGCCUCAGCUGAGAUCACCAUCGUGUCCAGCCAGUUCUUCCUUCCUUCCUUCCUUCCCUCCCUCCGUGACCUUCCCUAGGUCACCCGAUCCCAACAGCAGUUUGCCCUCUCUAUGGAUCAAGGACAAUACAUUCCACUUGAAAACAUUCUGGACUUGAAAAAUUAAGUAUUUUAGAAUCUUAUUAUUGCUGUCGAGCAGAAACUUUUAUUUCCCAGCUCAGUGGUUGCCUAAUCCUGUCAUUACCACUUGGAGAACUCCCUCUUCUCCAUCACCUUUAACCCCCAAAGUGGUUUUUUGAACAGAUCUUUGGUGUCUGGUCAGAACACCGAGCCCUUCUUGGUACAGUGCGUGCUUCUUUGGGCUCCGGGCAUCGGCUUUUAAGGGUUCCUGUCACACGGCUGUCAAAGAACUGUCAGAAACGAGUGCGUUUCAUGCAGAAAAUCACCAUUUUAACGUGUGUCCCCAGAUGUACCCACCACCUCUGCAGGCAGACACGGGCAUGGAGAGGGAGUGGGUAUCUCAAAGACUGACAGCGAGGGAAACUGAGGCAGGGAGGGGAAGAGCAGCGGUGCCGAGGCAGCCUUAAGGCAGGCGGGCGGCGGAGCCGCUGCGCUGUCGCAGGGCGCUUGUGCCGCUUUAAGGCGGUGCCGGCGCUCCGGGCUCGGCAGGCACCGGGAAGAGGAACUGGGCUUUGCACUGCCGGGUCGGGGCGAGCUCCGCUGUCCCCGCUGCCCUCCCGCCGCCCCUCCGCGCUCGCUGCCGGGGAGGGAUGGGGCGGGCACGGAGAGGACGCGCUGGGGGCCAGGACGGGUCCCUGCAUCCCCCCCGGCUGCCCCUCCGCUCCCCCGUGCACCCCCCGGCCGCUCCUUCCUCCUCCUUCCUCCUGCUGCAAAGGGAUGCGCUCGGCAGGGCUGCCCGCUGCCUCGGUGCCUGCUUGAAAUAGAGGCACCCCCUUUGCUUGGAGAGCCCCCCAGCCCUGCUCUGAGCCCCCUAUCCCCUGCCCCGAGCCCCCAUCUGCUUCUGGGAGGCCCCAUCGCCUGCUCCAAGCCCCAUCCCCUUCCUCAAGCUCUUCAGUCCCUUUCUCACCCCCCUAUCUCCUUCCUCAAGCCCUCUUCCCCUGCUCCAAGCCCCAUCCCCUUCCUCAAGCUCCUCAUCCCUUUCUCAAGCCCCUUUGCCCUUCCCUGAGCCCCCUUCCCCUGCUCUAAGCCCCAUCCCCUUCCUCAGGCUCCCCAGUCCCUUUCUCAACCCCCUUAUCCCUUUCCUCGAGCCCCCUUCCCCUGCUCCAAGCCCCAUCCCCUUCCCUGAAUCCCCUUACUCUGAGCCCCCAUCCCCUUGUUCAAGUCCCCCAUCCCUUUCCUUGAGCCCCCAUUCCCUGCCCCAAACCCCCAUCCCCUACCCUGGCCCUGCUUCCCUGAGCCUCCCAUUCCCUCCCCUGAGUCCCCUGCCCCAAAUCCCCCAGAUCCCCCCUCCCCAAAUUCCUCUCCAGGAUGAUUUUGCUGAGCUGUUUCCUGCACCUGCGGCCCCGGCGGGGCUGCGGCGCCUUGGCCGGGCUGGGCCGGAGGCUGGGCCCCUCAGCCGGGUCCCGCCGGGCCCUGCGGGUGCUGGUGGACAUGGACGGGGUGCUGGCCGACUUCGAGGGAGGCUUCCUGAAGAAAUUCAGGGCCAGGUACCCCGACAAGCCCUACAUUGCCCUGGAGGACCGGAGGGGCUUCUGGGUGUCGGAGCAGUACGGGCGCCUGGGACCCGAGCUGAGUGAAAAAGCCAUCAGCAUCUGGGAAUCCAAGAACUUCUUCAUUGAGCUGGACCCACUCCCUGGGGCUGUGGAAGCUGUGAAGCAAAUGGCAAAUUUGGCAGACACUGAUGUGUUCAUCUGCACGAGCCCAAUCAAGAAGUACCGGUACUGCCCUUAUGAGAAGUAUGCCUGGGUUGAGAAGCACUUUGGCCCAGAAUUUCUUGAGCAGAUUGUUUUGACACGAGAUAAGACGGUGGUUUCUGCUGAUCUGCUUAUAGAUGACAGACCUGAUAUAACAGGGGCAGAGCAGAACCCCAGCUGGGAGCACGUGCUCUUCACUGCCUGCCACAACAAGCACCUGCAGCUGAAGCCCCCCAGCCGCCGGCUGCACUCCUGGGCUGAUGACUGGAAGGCCAUUCUGGACAGCAAACGCCUCCCACCCGGCCAGGCCACCUAAACACCAGCCCCCAGGGCCACCUGGGGCUGCAGCCACCUGCCUGUGUCCCUGUGGAGUCCUGCUGAAGGCCACAACCACGGAUGGACAGACAGACAGAGGCUGUCCCUGCUGCACAGAGGAAGAGGAGGGUGAGCUGAAGCGCCACAGUCACCUGGACUUGAAAAACAGACCCCAGCCCAGCCCAGCCCAGGAUUGUGCCUGUGGACCCAACAGCCUGGCUGAGGGGGCAUUGCCCUCUGUGCUGCAUCUGCACCCCCACAGGGCCAGCCUGGUGUUCCUGAUGGACAAGGUCACCCUCAGGGUGUCACUGCCCUUGCCUGGGGCCCUGCAAGGCACAGACCAGCUCUGCACCUCCCCUCCACGGCAUGGCCAGGGAUCAUGUGCUUUGUUUAGCUCUUGUUUAGCAAGGUUUCAUCCCAAGGGGCUGCCUCAGGAGAUCUUUCCCCCUGGCAGUGCCUGGGUCUGGGGAGAGGGGUGGCUGGAAGGGCAGGGAGAGCAGGCAGGGGCUGUCCAGGCUCCCUGCACUGGGAAUUGUCACAAGCACAUCCGUGGAUGAUGUCUGCAGUUCUCACAUACUGCAAGGGAAGAUGUUGGGGGGAUGUUGCUGUUAAAGUCUGGGGAGCUGUGCAGGUUUCAGCCAGGGUAGAGUUAAUUUUCUUCACAGAAAAUAGAGCCCCAUACAAGCUGCUGUGAAAAAAAUUAACUCUACCCUGGCCAAAAGCAGCACAGGAGCCCGUGAGAGGUGCCCAGGGUGGUUUGUUCUGCAGCUCCACCAUGUCCCAGCUCUGGAUGUCUGGGGACAGAGUGUGCUGCCAGCCCCACUCCCCUGGCUCUCAGCCCCUGCAGAGGUGUUCAGUGCCUGGCUGGUGCAAAGGGAUCACAGCUGGAGCAGCCCCCUCUGCCAGGGGACAGUGCAGGGGCUGCUGAGCUCUGGGAGCAGCCAGCUCUGCUGGGAAGCUGCAGUUGGCCCCCAAAAAGGAAGGGUUUAGACCAAGGGGCAGCUCCAAGAGGGUUGGUUUUGGCAUAGCUGUGCCCACAGCCUCUUCCUCCCUUGUUUGUCUCAUUUUUGCUUCUCUGAGCCUGCAGCAGUCCAGUCUUGAACUUCAGCCACCUGUCUGGCAGGAGAAAGCUGCUGCUGCUGCUGCUGCUGCUGGCCUCAGAGAGACAUCCCAGCUGCUGGGAGAGCCUGGCAUCCCCUCCCUGCCUGUGGCACUGCCACAGGGCAGCCACAGCCUGGCUGUCCCCAGCGGGAGCUGCUGCUGAGCCACCCCAGGCAGAGCCCCAGGGAUGACACCACAGAGGCCAUUGGCCCCCACUGCUGUGUGUCCCCACGCUGUCCAGGAUCCCACUGCCCUCCUGGCCCAAGGACUUGCUGGCUGCAGCAGUAAAAUUCCCCCACUUGGACACUUAACCCCCCAGGCAGAGGUGGUGGCCAGGGCUUGGCUGGGAUUUGCCACCCUGAACCCCGUGCUCACACCUUUGCUUUGUCUCUCUCCUCUCCUGUGGACCCCAUCAACAAAUGGACACGAACUUGAAGCUACAUAACCAACAAAUAAUGUAAUUCAGCAGUGGCAGCCAGACCCCUCCUGUACCCAGGAGCUGGAGGGGUUCUGGAGUUGGUGCUUUGGAACCUGUGCCUUCCCUGGGUGCUGCAGGGCCAGGGAUGGGGCCUCUCUUCACUUGGGGCUUGCCCUGUUUAGAAAGUCAGCAUGGUUGGCCCAGGGCAGUAGGACUUACAUACC